AAAAUUAUCGGGAUCCUGUCUUAAUAUUAUUUCAGACCAGUCAUUUGCAUUUAGAUGUCACAAAUCUUUUGUCUAUAGCCUUGAAUUUAUAUCUGAAAGCAACCGAGCUAAGACUAUACAGACAGGCUUUAUACUCAGCAUGGCAUAUGAGAUACAUAUAAUAUUAUUAUGAAUCAGAUCUUAAAACAAGAGCUUUGGAUUCAAAGCUAGGCGAAGGGCAAUUUUGGUGCAAAAACACGUAGCAUGUAACGUCUUUUCGAUAAUAAGAUUGUGAACGAACGUGUUUCUCGCUAGGAAUAGUCCAGUUUUUUAUGAAUUUGUUACUUUUCACAGUUUGUUGCAUUCUAACUUUACAUCCUUCCGAUUGGUUGUUAUUGAUUUUUUCGAAGCCGCUUUUUUGGUAACUGGUAUGUUCCUCAAGCGAUGUGGCUUUUGUUGCUAUUGACGUCUCUUCAGGCUGAUGCCCAUCUGUUUUUAUUUAAUACUCAAUGUAAGUCGCAAACUAUUGUAUUCAUGGGAGUAUCUUGGUAACUCUUCUUUGUUUAACAAAAUAUUACCAUUUUCUGGUUAUUCCAUUGUUACAAUCUAUAUGGGUUUUUCAAUUACAUUAGCAUUCGCAUCCUAUUAAUUUUGUCAAGAUACAAGGGCGUUUUUAUCGAGCAGGAAAAUGUAUUUUCCUCGUGUUAUGGAACCGAUUACAUUUUGCGUAACAUAUUUUUCAUUAUUUAGGUGCGAGAUCUUAGCAUCUUUUGUCUCGUAAGCAUAUUAAUCCGACGAGUCAUGACUAGCCGGCAAUAGCGUCUAAAAUGACGGCUUCGGUAUACGUCAUCCGUUUCCUCUCCAUACGUACGUAGCCGUACAUGACGCAAUUGGCUUUUUCAAUGUCUUAUCUACAGUGAGGUAUGUUGUCAUUCGCCGAGUGGUCGUCGAGCUGCGCGCACGCCGCUCUCUGCGUGAUUUAUUUUUGGUUCACUUGUGUCUUUUUGCUUUUUUAUAGUCGUCGAGGACAAAGUGACGAAUUGCGCGCCUGUAUUGUGCCAGUGUUUUGAACUUUGUGACAUUGAAGGAACCAUUUUUACAGUGUUCAGGGCUUUGUGAACUGCUGAUAAUGUUGAUGUCAGGGUUCUUCAUCAUUUCUCCUGAUUUAUCAUUUAGAAUGACGCCGCAAGAGGAGCGCGAGAGCUCACGCGGCGCGGAGAUCGCCGACGCCUUCGAGGACGACAUGUUCGGGCCGUCACGCACCGAGCCCGCCGCCAGGCCCAAGCUUUCCAUGAUCUCGGCGCGCCUCCGCGCUAACGAGGAACGCAAGCGGGUCAUUGAGAUCUGCUCGCAAAAGUUGGAGAACAUCGAGGACCCCGCGCGGGACUUGAGGCGCUCAGUAUGCAUCAACAACACAUACUGCAGACUGAGCGAGGAGGCGCGUCGCGAGAAGGAGGCGAGGAGACGCCGGGCGCGAGAGGAGUGCGAUGACUCGUGGGUCGGCAAGAAGGCGCGGCGGGCCGUCGAGGACGAGUGCCUGGCGCUGCUGGACGCCAUCCCCGAGCUGGGUGACGCCAACCUUGGCUGCGCUCAGCUGGCGCGGCAGAUGCCUCGCCAGGACGUGCCCCUGCUGCCGCCCGGGCUCCUCACAGUGCUGGACUCAUGACCGCGCCGCCCAGCGCACCUCACCUCUCUGUGAUGCGGACACCCCGAGUGUCCGUGUGCUCCUGAUGCGAGUCACUGACUGUCGCGAGGAUACGCCCGACGUCGGGCACGCUGGCCCGCCGGCGCUCCGAAGCGGUGGCUCGAGAAUCACUGGACUAAAUGAUUCGUGUUUAUAGUUACGUUACCCGAAAUGGACUGUCGACGUUUAGCCAAUUCUUUGUUGUUUAAGAGAAGUACUUACUUUGUUAGCGUGUUUUUAUUAUUUAGUGAAAGUUGCUCAGGCGCUGCCGACGGGCGCGGUCCAAUUAGUGUUCAACGAUUAAUUUUUAUCGAACAGAAGAUUCUGAGUGUGCGUUGUCGCUACGGUGAGGCGACGCGCGACGCGCUGCUCACUUGUAGUGCAAGUUCAACGGUUCAUAAUGAAAGCGUAGUUUUAAGCGAUAAUUAUUAUAUUAUUGUACUGUAAAGUAAAUAGUGAUUAAGCGAUAGUGCAAAACGACUGGGAACGGUUGCGUAGACGAGCGGUAACAGAACUUCCACGCUUAUUUAGUUUUAUUUGAAUAGUAUUAUUUUGUGCUGCCUUUUGUGAGAUCGGUUAGAUGUUACUGAAUAGAAUGCAAACGGUUGUUCUUGAUGCACACAUACGCGCCUGUUAUUCGUGUAAUAAGGUUUUUGCUGUUAGCAAGUUCGAAAACAAGUUUCAAUGAAGUGUUUCCCAAUUUGAACGUAAUUGCUAACAUUACUAAUAGUCUGUAAGGUGAUAAAGGAAAAUUUGUGACGCUUGUGUGUGUGUCAUCCACGACACUGACGGAAUUUUAGUUUCCUUAUCAAAUGUGGUGCGUGUCGACGUGACCAGACGUUCGUCCAAUGUUGGCGGCCAACGUCCAACGUUUGAUCGCGCCUCACAUUUUACUAACAAGUCCGAGAGUUACUUUGAACGAGUUUUGUUGUACUUUAUCGCUUUAAGUUUUAUUUAAACGUUUUUUGUUUUGUACAUUUUUAAUGUUACCCUAUUGCUUAUGUCACCAUUUUAAGCUUUGUUACCAUUUUAUGAUAUUUAAUUGGGUUGAAUCUGGGUUUAAGAGAACUAUCGUAUCAUUGUUAAUUAUUUUUUUAUUACAACUUAGUCUUCAUGUCUCUAGCUUAUAAUCGGCGUUUAUACAUUUUUAAAUUUAAAUGUUUGACUGCAAUCAACCGUUGCUUAAUUACAAACAGCGAUUAUAAGUUGGGGAUUGUAUGUAAUAAAAAGUGUUACUUAUCAAACGGUUGUGCAAUAAGUUUGAAAGUAUUCAAUCGUGAGAUUGUGCAAUUGAUCCGCGGAACAAGCGAGUUCCUUUUCUUUUGAAAUCUUAAUUGUCGCAAAAUAUAUCGCUAGUAGCCCGUUUCGCCCCCUCUGAAUAGUAAAUAGGUAGGGGGAGGUGCGGAGAGCGCGCGGAGGGCCGCGGGUGGGGGCGGCGCGGCGCGCGGGGUCGGGCCGGCGGAGGGGGGGGGCGGGCGGCGCGUGGUGUGGGUCUCUGCACCGUUCCCAGCACUCCUGUGAUAUUAGCCUAGCCUGUGUGUCGUAUUUGUGCUAGUUUCCCCAACCGACUUGUGUGGAUAUUGUGCUUGUAAAAAGCUUGAAAAAAUAUUCCUUUUCUAUAUCGGCCAUUUUAUACGGAUUAACCGAAUUUUAAAUGUCGUUUACCCGACGGUAGGAUCGCAUUUAGAGUUUUGAUCACCAUUUGUGACAAGUAGGUGAUUUUCUUUUGAUCAUUUGGUAUGUUGUAUGUAAUGUUGAAUAAUCAUUAUUGUAUUAUAAAAUUUAUAAAGUUAGGCGCUUGUACACUUAGCUGUUGCCCUUAUUAGGGGAUAUUGAUGAGAUGAUAUAAGUCUACAAACAUUUAAUUCAUACAAAUGAUUAGUGUUCUAAUCCAUUUUGUUCACUAGUUGUUAAAAUUGAAUUUGCAAGCAAAUAUGUACUUUAUAAAUUAAAAAUUAAACGCACAUAUUAACAGAUAAGUAGAUUUUCCAUUGUACUGUAAAUUAGCCACGUUUGACAGCGCGCGGAAUUCAAAAAUAGAAUUUAUGUUAGUCAAAGUUUAUGAAUUGAAAUGAAGUUUAGUACCAAUGAACUCUAUUGUCUUGUAACGGAUUUUAUUGAUCAGAUUAUAUGAAUAAAUCGACAAAGAUCAUUUUUGAAUGAUGUGCUUUCAAACAUUCCUCUCUGUUAUAAACACCAGCAGUCUGCAGACGUUAGCAGUGUGAUUGUAUCUAGAGUUAGUUCAGACGUGGCUACUCCUUCAUGACGUGAGAUUCUUAGGAAAUAAUUUAAUACCGAGCCUCUAGCUAUAGUCAUUCAAUCGUGCUGAUCGGAAAAUGUAAGAAAAAUAAGGAUGUUGCAGACUAUCAGAUUAUUGAAUCAAACUCGUGGCGUCCCGCUCGCGCACUGCGUGUGAGAGCGAGACAUACUCAAUCGAGAUGAUAUGUUGAAAGAAUUGUAAUAUUUGUAUCUAUAAUACUCUAAAGCCAUUGAAUCAUUUUUGGUUCAGUGUGAGCUUGAGAUCUAAAUAAACUGAACUAGUUUUGAGCUUAUUUGGUAUUUUAUUUACUAGUUGGCACUCCUGCACAUUAUAAUAAUAGAAUCCCGAGUUGUUUUUCAAUAUCAAACGAUUGGUGAGUCAGAGAAUCAGUUGAAAUGAUUGAGUCAUCGGCCAGACACAAAUUUUACAUAUGUAGAAUUGAAUACAACGCUGCGGAAUCAAUUAAUUUCCUUGAAAGUUAGAGGCAAAGAAAUGUUUGAAAAAUGUUAUAUAAACAUGAAUGGAGGUUUAAGCGAUGAUGUAGUUUCUCUUUUCAUGCAAUGCUAUAGCUAGUGAUGUGCAAUUGCAUUGUUGCAAUAUCCAGGAAUGGCAAUGAUUUUAUGUGCAAUAUGAUGUUCCACACUAUUGUUAUAAAUAAUUAGAGAUCAAGCUGACACUACCAAAAUGUAUAUUUAUAUUCUUUCUAAUCACCUAGAUAAAUAAAUCCGUGCGCUAAUGUAGUGAUGAUAAAAAUCAAGUUGCAAUGUCAAUGAACAAAAUUGAGAAGUUGUUGAUUUUCUUUUGAGUGAAAUUCAGAAAAUAUAUUAGAUAAAAUAUUGUAUGUAUAGCUUGGGUACAUGAUGAAGGAGAUAUCCUUUGUGUAUGUGAUGAUCCGUGUGAAUGUUGGAGAGUCGAGUAUCUCCUUUGUGAAAUAGUAAAUUUAAGAGAACGUUUUGUAAAUGUUAUCAUAAUUUUAUUAUUGUGACUAGCUGCUAUUUUAUAAAUGUUUCCUGUCAUAAGCUAAGAGAUGGUCAAUAAAUAAAUAAAAAUUAAAUUUAAACUGUA